GAUGAAAAAAAAAAGGUUUGAAGUCGAAGUGUACAAAACAGUUUUCAACAAUGCGUUUGGAACAUUAAACGACAGGUAUAUGAACAACCGAUGUAUAAUUCAAGAUGCUUCGUUUUUAGACCCUAGAAUUUAUCAAAUGAAAAAGCCAGAAUUCAUGUUCCCUGAAAAAUCUAUGGCAAAUAUUGCAAAUUUGGCUCGAGUUGACGUUGUGGUGGUGCAACGUCAAUUGAUUGAAUUUGCUCAGAAUUAUGAUGCAAUUACCCAUGUGUGUCUGAUAAGUAAUAGCCAGUAUAGUACAUUCGAAGAUGAAAUUAGUGACAAUGAAGAAGAUUCAGAAAAAGAGCUAAAAUGUGCGGUGAAUAAGUUGAAAUGUAAGUCAUGCAUUUCAUGUGCAUUCGAGUUUUUGUAUUCACUAGUUAUUCACACAACUGAUUAUAACGAGUUAUACACUACUUAUAAGCUGGUAACCACUUUAGCGUUUACACAAGUAACUUGCGAAUAAAGCUUCUCAAUCCUUAAAAAAAUUAAAAAUCGAUUAAGAUCAUCUCUGUCUGACGAAAAAUUAGAAGCAUUUAUGUUAAUGUCGUUUGAACGUGAUAUGGAAGUACCAUAUAACAUUAUUAUCGAUCAAUUGGCUGCCAAUUCAACAGAAAUGAAGAGGCUUCUAAUCGGAUAAGCUGUUAAAAUAGUCAUUUUUUUUUUUUUAAUAGUACUCGGAAGUAAAAAUACUCUUUAAUAGUUAUUAAUUUUAAGUUUUUAUAAAUUGAUAAAAAUAAAAUUUACUUAUAAAGUUAUAAAGUAUUGUGAACACAUUUUAAGUUCAAUAAAUAGAUAUUUACAAAUUUUUAUA